UGUGGUUAUUUCUAAGAUAAUGAACUUAAUCAUAAAUAAAUGAAGAAGCAAGAGAUAGAGAGAGACUUUGUUAAAGAGUUGACCCGAGAAGCUGAGCCAGCAAUUGAAGCCAAGUAUAUGCCUAAAGAUGCUAGAAUUGAUUCUAAGGUCAGUGACCCUUUAAAUAGUCAGCCACUUUGCUCAUUAAUAUCCACGCCAUAACCCAAGAGCACGACAACAUCUUCUCCCUCCUCCAAAUGCUAAGUUCAAGAAGCAGAAUAAUUUAAUUUUCAGUGGACUGUUGGAGGCAAUUACUAGCAAGCGAUGGCUAAAGAGCAAUUGGGAGUGCUUAAUGCGCUCGAUGUGGCCAAGACUCAGUUGUACCAUUUCACUGCAAUUGUGAUUGCAGGAAUGGGGUUUUUUACUGAUGCUUAUGAUCUGUUCUGCAUUUCCUUGGUCACCAAGUUACUCGGCCGCAUAUACUACACGGACCUAAACCAGCCAAAGCCGGGCACAUUGCCUCCCAAUGUGGCUGCUGCUGUUAAUGGCGUGGCUCUAUGUGGCACCUUAGCAGGCCAGCUCUUUUUUGGUUGGCUUGGUGACAAAUUGGGUCGUAAAAGGGUCUAUGGGAUCACCCUUGUUCUCAUGGUCCUAUGCUCCGUUGCAUCAGGACUCUCAUUUUCUGAUCACCCAAAGGGUGUGAUCUCCACUCUUUGCUUCUUCCGGUUCUGGCUUGGAUUUGGCAUUGGUGGUGAUUAUCCCCUUUCAGCUACAAUCAUGUCUGAGUAUGCCAACAAAAAGACUCGUGGGGCAUUUAUAGCCGCGGUGUUUGCGAUGCAAGGAUUCGGGAUUUUGGGUGGUGGGAUUGUGGCUUUGAUUGUGUCAACCGCGUUCGAUCACAGUUUCAAGGCUCCUGCAUACUCUGUGGACAGAGCUGCUUCUCUUGCGCCUCAAGCUGACUUUGUUUGGCGUAUCAUUUUGAUGGUUGGAGCUCUUCCUGCUGCUCUAACUUACUACUGGCGUAUGAAAAUGCCCGAGACAGCUCGGUACACAGCCCUUGUGGCCAAAAAUGCCAAGCAAGCUGCAUCAGACAUGUCUAAGGUGUUGCAAGUUGAAGUUGAAGCUGAGGAGGAAAAACUUGAGAAAUUUACUCAAGAGAAAUCCAAUACCUUUGGCUUGUUCACCAAACAAUUUGCUCGUCGCCACGGUCUUCACUUGCUUGGCACCACUUCUACUUGGUUCUUGCUAGAUAUUGCCUUCUACAGCCAAAACCUUUUCCAAAAGGACAUCUUCAGCGCCAUUGGUUGGAUCCCGAAAGCAGAACGCAUGAACGCAAUUAAUGAGGUUUAUAGAAUUGCAAGAGCACAAACACUCAUAGCAAUGUGCAGCACUGUCCCUGGAUACUGGUUCACUGUCUUCCUCAUUGAUUACUUGGGCAGGUUUGCAAUCCAGUUGAUGGGUUUCUUCUUCAUGACAGUGUUCAUGUUUGCAUUAGCAAUUCCUUACCACCACUGGACCUUGAAGCCCAACAGAAUUGCAUUUGUUGUCAUCUACUCAUUCACCUUCUUCUUCGCCAAUUUUGGACCCAAUGCCACCACAUUUGUUGUGCCAGCUGAGAUUUUCCCAGCAAGGUUGCGGUCUACAUGUCACGGUAUAUCAGCUGCAGCUGGGAAGGCUGGGGCUAUUGUUGGAGCAUUUGGGUUUUUGUAUGCAGCACAGAGCAAGGACCCUACAAAGACUGAUGCAGGGUACCCACCUGGUAUUGGUGUGAAGAAUUCUCUAAUUAUGCUUGGUGUGAUCAACUUUUUCGGCAUGGUGUUUACUCUGUUGGUGCCAGAAUCCAAGGGAAAAUCACUUGAAGAGCUGACUGGUGAGAAUGAAGAAGAAGAGGGGGCAGGGCAGCAGGCCACUUCUACUAGAACUGUUCCAGUUUGAUGAGGUUGUUUAAUCAAAGCUUUGUGAAUUUACAAUGGUUAUUAUUUACUUCAUUUGCAAUGCAAUAAAAAUAAUGUAGACAUAUAUUUGCUUGUGGAAGCCGAAUUGCAGAAGCAAUUGUAUCUUGUUUUCGAUUUGUUUCGAUUGUGUAUGUUAUUUAUUUAUACGAUUUUUA